AUGAAAUCGAGUGGAUUUGGGAUGAAAUGGUGUGUGUGGUUGGGGGUGUGUGUGCUGGGGCUUUUUGUGGUGGCUGCUGUGGCAGAACAGAGCUGCAAACUCAAGGCCAAGUUCAACCUGAACGGCUACAAGAACGUGGAGAAGAAGAAGGUGGUGAUCGGGGGGAUGUUCUCCGUGCACAACCGGCUCGCCGACACCGACACCAACACCUCGUCCAGCCCAGUGUCAUCUGGCUGCGAAGGGUUUAAUUUCCGUACUUUCCGCUGGACGCAGACGAUGCUAUUCGCCAUUAAUGAGAUCAACAGUAAGAAGGACCUGCUGCCCAACACUGACCUCGGUUAUGUCAUCUAUGACUCAUGCUUCACUAUCUCCAAAGCUGUGGAAGGAACUCUGACCUACCUGACUGGUCAGGACGAGGCCGUGCCCAACUACCGCUGUGGGAACGGGCCUCCGCUCGCCGCUAUGGUGGGAGCAGGAGGAUGUGAUCUCUCUGUCGCAACGGCUCGGAUCCUCGGCCUUUACUAUUUCCCACAGGUGAGCUACUCGUCUUCAUGUUCAGUCCUCGAGAGCAGGUUCCAGUACCCCACCUUCUUGCGCACUAUCCCGAACGAUGACCACCAGUCGGUGGCCAUGGCUGAGCUGGUUCUGCGUUUCGGAUGGACCUGGGUGGGCACUAUCGCUUCUGACGAUGACUAUGGCAAAUACGGCAUCAAGCGUUUCAAAGAGGUCGUAGAGGAGGCGGGCGUGUGCAUCUCCUUUUCCGAAACGCUACCCAAAUUCAGUGCUCCUGAAACCAUCAAAAGCAUCGUCGAAACCAUCAGGGUAUCCACAGCCAAGAUCAUCGUGGUCUUCUCAUCUGAUGUGGAUCUGAGUCCGCUGGUGGAGGAAAUACUGCUCCAUAACAUCACUAACCGCACGUGGAUCGCCAGCGAGAACUGGGUUACAUCCGCACUCAUCGCCCGCCAGCCCAACGUUAUGUCCUUGCUGGGUGGAACGAUUGGCUUCGCUAUAACUCGGGCACAAAUCCCAGGCCUGCGUGAGCACCUUCUGAACAUCGACCCCUACCAGGACGCUCUGACUGAGGAGUUCUGGGAAACAGCCUUCAACUGUACACUCAGUUACAGCCGAGCACUCAGCAGAACCCGAGAACAGCUGGCCACAGAGGUAGGGAAUGCCACAGCAUCGCGAGCAGCAGCCAGGUUGGUACCGCAAGGCUUGUGCACCGGGAAGGAAAGUCUCGUGGAACUGAAUAACACGUAUUCGGACGUGUCCCAGUUGAGACUGACGUAUAAUGUGUAUAAAGCCGUGUACGCAGUAGCCUACGCUUUGCACAACUUGGAGUACUGCGUGCCUGGCAAAGGACCUUUUGUAGGAGGCUCUUGUGCUGACAUCACCAACUUUGAGCCUUGGCAAUUGAUGUACUACUUGAAAAACUUGCACUUCAAAGUCCCCUACACCGGAGAGGAGAUAUCCUUCGACGAUGGUGAAGUACCUGGGUAUUACGAGAUCCUUAACUGGCAGCGGGCUUCAGACGGAGGGGUCGCGUUCGCAAGCAUCGGAUACUAUAACAGCACAACGCUUGCUGAGGAAAAGCUGUUCAUCGAUAACUCCUCCAUCAUCUGGUAUAACGACAUGCUGCAGGCGCCGCGCUCUGUGUGUAGUGAGAGAUGCCAACCCGGCACACGUAUGGGCAUCCGGCAGGGAGAACCCGUCUGCUGCUUCGACUGCAUCCCAUGUGCAGAUGGAGAGAUUUCCAACACUACAGAUGCCAGAGGCUGCAUCCAGUGUGAUGAGGACUACUGGUCCAACGCCAACCAUGACGCCUGUGUACCCAAGACUAUUGAGUUCCUGGACUUUGGUGAGCCUCUGGGCAUCACGCUGAUCGUCAUCUCUGUUUUUGGUGCUCUCCUGACCAUUGUAGUGAUCAUCGUGUUCCUAAAAUACAUAAACACGCCCCUGGUGCAAGCCAACGACGCGCUGCUGAGCUUCACCCUGCUGCUGGGGUUGGUGGUCACGUUCCUUUGCUCCAUCGUUUUCCUGGGUAGGCCAAUGCUCUGGUCCUGUAUGACCAGCCAGGUGGCGCUAGCGCUCGGCUUUGCCCUGGCUCUGUCGUCCAUCAUGGGCAAAUCGUCUCUGUUGAUGCUCAGAGCGAGAGCCAUCAAGGCCAUGAAGGCAGCAGCUAAAGCGGCCAAAGCGGCGGCGGUGGCCUCCGAGCAGAGCGGCGACACAGCGGCGAUAGCUCCAGCCAUACCGCAGAAAAACGACAUCGAUCCGAUCAAACCUCCUCAACAGAAAACCAUGAUGAUCGUGUGCACACUGAUCCAAGCCAUAGCCUGCACCGUGUGGCUCAUCCUGCUCCCUCCUCAUCCCGUGAAGAACACGGCCGCCCAGAACAUCAAGAUCAUCCUGGAGUGCGAUCCAGGCAACAUCAUCUUCAUCUGCUGCAUAUUCGGUUAUGAUGUGCUCCUGGCGCUGAUGGCGUUCGUGUUCGCCUUCGUGGCGCGCAGGCUUGAGGACCACUUCAACGAGGGAAAGUGCGUCACCUUCGGUAUGCUGGUGUUCUUCAUCGUCUGGAUCUCGUUCGUCCCUGCGUACCUGAGCACGCGGGGAAAGUUCAUGGUGGCUGUGCAGAUCUUCGCCAUCCUGGCUUCGAGCUUUGGCUUACUCGCGUGCAUCUUCCUGCCCAAGUGCUACGUGCUGCUGGUUAAACCUGAAAGGAACAAGGAGGAGCUGAUGGUGCCCAGGGCCAAGAGGCCUGAAUCUGGAGCCACUGGAACAUCUGCAUCAGUCGCCACCACCAGCACCGAAGCUAACGGCCCUAUCGCCACCAUCAACGGAUGA